UUGCUGUCGAGGAUACUUUCGCCUGGGGGCGAACAUGCGAUCUGAACUAUAUGUGAAAAACUGCCUACUCACCUGAUCAAGCUGCCCCUGUAGAAUUCUUGCAUUCCGGUCAUAUUCGCGCAAGACUCUUUAAAACCAGGUGUCCGCGGGCGGCGGCUAGACGUCCCAAAAACAAAAUGCACGAGAUCGUGACGCUGCAAUUUGGUAACCAAAGCAACUACAUUGGCACGCACUUUUGGAACGCUCAAGAAUCGUAUUUCACGUACACAGCGGACGAAGAGUCCGCUGUUGAUCAUGAUGUUCAUUUUCGACCUGGCAUUGGCUCGGACGGCUCCGAGACGUUCACGCCCAGAGUCGUGAUAUACGACGUGAAGGACAAUUUCGGCGCGCUUCGCCAAGUCAACGCUCUGUACGAGAUCCAAAAUGAAGAUGCCUCACCGGCUGGAGUGUGGACGAGCGAUCCGAUUCUUCAUCAUCACCCUGCCAUUCCUCCGCAUCCGUACCAGGUUGCGCUGGAUGCUGGAACUGUACCUUCACCAAUUUCCGCGCCGAGCGUGCGAUAUUGGUCCGACUUCAAUCGUGUCUUCUACCAUCCGAGAUCUAUGGUACAUCUGAUUCCGCCGACUUCCCAUCUCUCAUCAACUCCGAGCUCCCAGGUUGAGCCGUUGGAUCAGUGGGAAGUAGGCGAAGAGCUUUUCAAGAGCGAAGAUCAGGAGCACGAUCUUAUCGACAGAGACCUGAGGCUGUUCGUCGAAGAGUGCGACCAAAUGCAGGGAUUUCAGAUAUUGACCGGGGCUGACGAUGCCUGGGCUGCUUUCGCGGGACGUUAUGUUGAAAGCAUCCGGGACGAGUAUGGAAGAAAGAGCAUAUGGAUCUGGGGUACAGAAGCAGUCAAUAGGUCAGAAAGCAGGGAAAAACGGAGAAAACAGGCACUCAAUGUAGCAAGAAGCACGGCCAUUUUCGCCUCGCAAGCUUCAUUAUACAUGCCAAUCUCGACUUCUCCGGUGAAUGCGCUUCCUUGGUACGUUGAUCGGGCAAUGCAAACAAGAUGGCAGACAUCUGGCUUGCAAGCUACGUUGAUAGAAUCCGUAACUUUGCCAACCAGACUGCGCAACACUUCGAACCAAAGCCGUGGUCUGAUGAUCGACAUUGAGCCCAUCUUCACCAAUGACGCCAAACGGAAUAUCCUGGCAGCUUCAAUGAGUGCUUCGAUUCCGAAUGAAAAAGAUCGAGUCAUCAAUGGAGAUUCGGCGCGCGAUCACAGAAUGAUCAAUGGCAUUGACUCCGACCACGAAUCAAAUGCCAAAGAGCCGGAGCAGCUAGAUAUUGACCUUUUCCAUCGGACCCUUGGCGAUCCAAAUCAGAGGCGUAACGCACAGCAGCGAACGCACAUAUUCUCACAGGUCGAUGUUCUGCGUGGCGAUUUUGUUUCUUCUCCUUCUUUGCAAGACCCAACCGAUCUUGAUGCGCCCAUCGUUCAAACGUACUCAUCAGAACUGCUAUUCCCCCGGCCGUCUAGCUUCCCCAACAUCUUCCAUUUCCCCUCGAUCGAUCCGGAGUCUGGGGUUGAGGUUAAGUCUGCAAUGUCUGCUUCAACUGCCGUGACGGACAGAUUGCGCUUCCUCGCUGACUUCGCACGAAGUAGCACGAACGUUGACGAAAGGGAAGCGCUGAGAGCCGAUCUGCUCGCGCGAUCAGAGGAAUAUGUCGAAGGCUGGGAAGACGAACACUAUUUAAGCGAUGAUGAAUAGAAAACGAUCGAUUUCGGAAUUUUGAACAAGAAUCAUCGAUUUACAUAUACCAUCUGUCGCUUUACGCAGAAAAUUUUUCAUGCUGACUCCUCCUUCGUGUCAACGAACGACAGCCUUUUCCCAGCGUCGGUCUCGUUGCUACCUUGGAUAUCGGCAUUUUCAAGGAAUGCGCGGAUCUCAGCUUCUUCUUCAUCGCUUAGAUGUACAUCGAGAGAAUGCCAGUUCUGCUCCAGAUAUUUGAUGCUUCUUGUACCAGGGAUUGGAAUGAUAUCUUUGCCCUGCUUCACGACCCACGCAAUGGCAAGCUGGGCCGUUGUACAAUUCUUCUUGUCCGCGAAGCAUUUGAAUUGCUCAACCACCUUCGCGUUGGAUUCAAUGUUCUCGGGCCUGAACCAGGGCAUAUAUUUUUUGCGGACAUCUUCCUCCUCAAGCGACGCGUUGGUUUUGUGAGAACCCGUCAACAGGCCACGUCCAAGCGGGGCAUACGCCACGACGGCGAUGCCAAGCUCACGACACGUCUUGAGCAGGUCUGUACCUGCUUCAGUCUCUAUAUCACGUACAAAUGGCGAGUAUUCAACCUGGACUGCAUCGACAUGCGCAAUCUUGCAUGCCCUCCGGAGAGCGUUGGAGCUGGCGCCGCAAAUCCCAAUGUAUCUGAUUUUACCUUCCCUGCUGGCCUAUUUAGCCCGCCACGUCGAUUUUCAAUUUUGUGGUACCACUUACGCUUUUAGUUCCACCAUAGCUCGCAUUGUCUCUUCGAUGGGAGUAUCUGGGUUAAGGCGGUGGGCGUAGUCUGAUCGUCUCAGCGUUUACCUUAGCCUUUGUGUCAGGUCUUUGUACAUACACAGGUCUAUAGUCUUAAUACCCAUUCUUUCCAAACUGGCCUCGCAA